AUGAGCCAGAGUAUAGAGGCGCUGCGCUCGCGGCAAGAGCAGAUUGGGGCAGACCUCGCCAAGCUGGAGCGACAGAUUUAUGACACAGAGACCGUGUACUUUACCGCAGAGUACACCAACUUUGGCACAGUGCUCAAGGGCUUUGAGGGGUUCCUGACAUCCAAGAAUGCCGCCGCCAAAAACAAGAACCGGGUGUUCAGGCUGGAAGACCGUGCCAUCUCCCUGUCCUCCACCACCUCCCCAGCGACCCAGGAGAUCCUGAUGGAGCAGGAACAGGCUCGGACAGAAGCCUUGGGCUUUGGCAGGGCGGCAGGGGGCACCUACACUCCACAAAACGGAAAUGGAUACGGCAAGGGUCGACGAUUGUGA